UAAUUUACUUUGGAUUAGGAUUCCCAUGGCACGUGAACUAGAAGAUAAUUUCAAAUAGACGACGUCCGUAUUUUGAACUGGCAGCCUUUCCCAAAAUGGUUGGAAAACUCAAACAGAACUUGCUAUUGGCGUGUCUGGUGAUCAGUUCGGUGACUGUGUUUUAUCUGGGCCAACACGCGAUGGAGUGUCACCAUCGAAUCGAAGAACGCAGCCAGCCCGUGAGGAUGGAAGGCGUGAGAAGCACAGUAAGAACUGCUGCCAGUGUAAAUGCAAACAAAACCUUUGCUUACAACAAAGACAUGCCUUUAAUAUUUAUUGGAGGAGUUCCUCGAAGUGGCACUACCCUAAUGCGUGCCAUGCUUGACGCCCACCCAGAUAUUCGUUGUGGAGAAGAAACGAGAGUGAUCCCGCGGAUUCUGGCGGUGAAGCAGAUGUGGGCUCGCUCAAGCAAAGAGAAGAUCCGACUGGACGAAGCUGGAGUCACAGAUGAGGUUCUGGACUCAGCCAUGCAAGCAUUUUUAUUGGAAAUCAUUGUGAAACAUGGGGAGCCUGCUCCAUAUUUGUGUAACAAAGAUCCUUUUGCCUUAAAAUCUUUAACUUACCUUGCUAGAAUUUUCCCCAAUGCCAAAUUUCUUCUAAUGGUACGGGAUGGCCGUGCCUCUGUGCAUUCCAUGAUAUCUAGAAAAGUCACAAUAGCUGGAUUUGACCUCAACAGCUACAGGGACUGCUUGACCAAGUGGAAUCGUGCUAUAGAAACGAUGUACAACCAGUGUAUGGAGGUUGGUUUUGAAAGGUGUAUGCUGGUACAUUACGAGCAACUCAUAUUGCAUCCUGAAAGAUGGAUGAGAACUCUCUUAAAGUUUCUUCGCAUCCCGUGGAACCAGGCAGUGCUGCACCAUGAAGAAAUGAUUGGAAAAGCAGGGGGUGUUUCUCUUUCAAAGGUUGAAAGAUCUACUGACCAAGUAAUCAAGCCAGUCAACGUGGAAGCACUGUCGAAGUGGGUUGGGAAGAUACCUGCUGACGUUCUCCAAGAUAUGCCCGUGAUUGCACCCAUGCUAGCAAAACUGGGCUAUGACCCGUAUGCCAACCCACCAAAUUACGGAAAGCCAGAUCAAAAAGUUGUGGAAAACACAAGGAGGGUCUAUAAAGGUGAAUUUCAGCUUCCUGACUUUCUUAAGGAAGUGCCACAGCUAAAGAAGACAAUAGAAAGGAAGUCUCGUGGCAAGAUAAAAUGA